AUGAGUUCGCUCACUGAAGCCAAAGGGCUCUUCUCCAACUGCGGCCCAGGGAUCGACACUUUUGAGCUCUCAUACACCUGCAAAGGACCCAGCUGCUCGAGUAUAACAAAUUUCCAGAACGUUAAAUGCAACUCGAACGGCGGCGGAGGAAGCUCCGUUUCUUGCUCGAACGACAUUAAAUGUCCACCUGGGAUAUCAUCAUAUCGAUCGAAUUUCACGUUCUCACAGAAUGCCCCAGAUCCCAAAAUUCCUGCCCCCAAUCAGCCAGACAACCUGAUCAAGCAACAGCAAGACGUUUUGAUCCCGGAUUGUCGCAAAUUCUCAGUCAAGAGCGACGGAACAAAGCAGGGUACUAGCACAGACGCAGGCACCGACGUUGAUUGCGGUGUGAAAGUACAGUCAACACCAACGCCAUCUGCGGGUGCGAAGGCAGCAACGAGCACCAUUGCUGGGUUCAAACCGAGCUCAACAUCGAGCCCCCAGCAGUUUACUGGAAAGUCCCCGAGCCGCCAUCCUUCCAAGAAUGUCCUGUUCUUCACCUUCCUAUUCGGUCUGAUGCUGUUCUUGCCUGGCGUCCAAGCUUACAAGCCGAACAAAAUCCAAGAACGCCAUGCUGAACUUCGUGCACGAGCCGAAUUGAGAGUGAGGGCUUUAUCGGACAAGGUGCGGGCUUUCGCUACCCAGUUUGACACCGACCUGGCAGCAAAGGCAAAUGCGGAAGGAAACAACGGAAACAGCUUUGCACACAACCUCGUCGCCGACGUGGUUACGUCUUGUGGCAAGCUUCACGCCUAA